AUGCGGGCGGUGGAGUUCUACAGCGGCCUUGGAGGCUUGCACUAUGCGCUGGCCCUGGCCGUCCCUGGCGCGGAGGUGGUGACGGCCUUCGACAUCAACGACACCGCCAACGACGUCUACCAGCACAACUUUGGGCGCCGGCCCUCCCAGUCCAACAUCGACUCGCUGACCGCGGCGCGCCUGGACCGGCUGCGCGCCGAGCUCUGGCUGCUCUCCCCGCCCUGCCAGCCCUACACCCGGCGCGGCCUGCAGCGGCAGUCGGCCGACGGGCGCGCCGCCUCCUUCCUCUCCCUGCUCCGGCGGCUGGGGGAGAUGCAGCACCCGCCCACCGCCCUCCUCCUGGAGAACGUGGUGGGUUUCGAGGCCUCCGACACCUGCGCCGCCAUGCUGCGCACGCUGCGCGACCUGGGCUAUGCCGUGCUGGAGGUGCUGGCCUCGCCCACCGACCUGGGCCUGCCCUACUCCCGGCCGCGGUACUUUGCGCUGGCCACGCGGGCGCGCGGCGCCGGCCUCGCACGGCACACGCUGCCCUUUGUCGUCGUGCGGAGGGGGGAGGGAAGGGAGCCCACCGUCCUGCCGGCCCGGGAGCCCACGACGCGCCGGCCGCUGGCGGACUUCCUGGAGGCCGACCCGGCGGCGGAGCUGGCGGGCGGCGUGCGGCUCAAGCUCCCCGACGACAUCCGCUUCAAGGCAACGAAUAGAGGGAGUGGGGAUGUGCAGGCGGAGGUGGGCCGCGGCGACGCAGCAGCCGAGGAUCCACCGCCGUCGCCGACGGGAGCGGCGGCCGCGGCACCAGGAUCGGGGCCGCCCCUCGCAGCAGCAGGAUUGGGGCCGCCCCUCGCAGCAGCAGGACCGGGGCCGCCCCUCGCAGCAGCAGGAUCGGGGCCGCCCCUCGCAGCACCAGGAUCGGGGCCGCCCCUCGCAGCAGCAGGAUCGGGGGCGUCCCUCGCAGCAGCAGGAUCGGGGCCGCCCCUCGCAGCACCGGCGUCUGCGACAUGCGACGAGCCCUUCCGGGUCCCAGAUGUCACCCUCCUGAAGAAUGGCUGGUGCAUGGACGUCGUCACCCCCUCAGCACUGCGGACCUGCUGCUUCACCAAGACGUAUGGCCAGUACAUCAAGGGGUCUGGGUCGGUGCUCACGCUGGCCAGCGAGGACAGCGUGCGUGGCGUGAUGCAGCGAUUCCCCUGCCUGGUGCCGGGCGGGGGCGGCAGGGGGGGGGACGCCCCCGCGCCCAGCGCGGCAUCCCUGGCCGAGGCGCUGAGGGCGCUGGACCUGCGCUUCUUCUCGCCGCGGGAGAUCGCAAACCUGCACGGCUUCCCCCCGGCCUUCGCCUUCCCGCCAGCCGUCACGCUGCGCCAGCGUUACGCCCUGCUGGGCAACAGCCUGCACGUGGGCGUGGUGGCAAGGCUGCUGGGCCACCUCCUCGCUGGUGCAGGGGAGGGAGGCGUGCCCGGCUGA